UACGUCUCGAGCGAUAUUGGUUGAACAGUUUUAAUACCAUCGUGUUCGUUUGUAGUUGGAAAAGACGGAAAAAGUGUAUAACGGAGUCUUAGUCGUCGUCGUUGCAAAAUAUAACCUCUUAAAUAAAAUGAUACAAUUUUUAUCUGGAUCGCUUAAAGUUUUGUUCUUUCGACAAAUUUGACUUAACCAAACUUGAAUUGCUUUAUUAACGCGGUAAUAAACUAAAUAUACGCAUCAUGAAAGUUAUCGUGAAAAAACUUCAGGGGAAAGAAUAUAUUAUCGAUAUUAUGCCAACAGAAACUGUCUUACAACUGAAACAUAAAUUAAGUGACCUUUUAGGCAUUGAGGUACCACAACAAAGAUUAUUGCUUACAGGCAAAACAUUGGCUGAUGAACAGCCAUUAAGUUUUUAUCCAGCAAUUAAGGAUGGAAGUAGACUUAACUUAGUUGUUAUAAAGAAAGCAGAAGAAGGACCAAGUGAGGCUAAAUCUUAUCACAAAACUGGAACACAAAUUUUGAGAGAUGAGGUUACCAGAGUUUUAAGGCAUUAUUAUACAGAAUCUGAAGCAGAAUCAAUCGUUAAUGAGUUAAUAAAAGACUUGAAGAACAAAGUAAAUAACCUUAGUUACGACGACUUGGAAAGAUUCGCAACAGCAUUAUUACAGGACCAAGAAAAUAUAGCUUAAGAUUAUUUCAAUUUUGCAAUAUCGCUUAUCAAUCGAAUAUAACUUUAUUUAAUCGA